AUGGACGACGCAAACAAGCCUCAACGGCCGCAGCAGCAGGAGGAGCAGAAGCCCAUGAGCGAGGACAAGACGACGAUGAUGAAGGUCUUGUCGGAGGACGGCGGUGGCGAGGCCGAACCGUCGUGGGAGUCCGGGGACGGCGACGCCGCCGACCACAACCACCGGGGAUGGAAGGCCAUGCCGUACGUCAUAGGGAAUGAGACAUUCGAGAAGCUUGGUACGAUUGGGACGUUGUCGAACUUGUUGGUGUACCUGACGACGAUAUACCACAUGCCCAGCGUCAAAGCCGCCACCCUCCUGAAUGUCUUCUCCGGCACCAGCAACCUCGCCACGGUCUUUGGUGCCUACAUCAGCGACACCUACCUCGGCCGUUACAUCAUCAUCACUGUAGGCACCGUCUCCUCCUUCAUCGGCAUGCUCAUCCUCACCCUCACAGCUGCCCUCCACUCCCUCCACCCUCCGACGUGCAGCUCAUCCAAAGUGAAACAAUGUCAAGGCCUAACUGACUCCCAGAUUGCCGCGCUCUUGGUGUCCUUCUUCUUCCUUGUUGUCGGCGCGGGCGGCAUUCGGCCCUGCAACUUGGCCUUCGGGGCCGACCAGUUCGACCCGCGGACCGCCGACGGCCGUCGUGGCAUUGCUAGCUUCUUCAACGGGUACUACUUCACCUUCACCAUCGCCAUUAUGAUCUCUGCCACCGUCAUCAUCUACCUCCAGAGCUACGUCAACUGGGCGCUGGGCCUCGCCGUGCCCGCCGCGCUCAUGGGCCUCUCAUGUGCCGUAUUUAUCAUGGGAACGCGCCUCUAUGUUCGUGUUCGGCCCGAGGGCAGCCCAUUCACUAGCUUCGCCCAGGUCCUCGUCGCUGCCACUCGCAAGCGCCACCUCCGGCAAGCUCUUGGCGCCGAGGCCGAGUUGUUCGACCCGCCACACAAGAGCAAGCUCGUCUCCAAGUUGGCAUACACCAACCAGUUCACAUGCCUGGACAAGGCGGCCAUGUGGACCCCUAAGGACUUGCUAUCUGCUGACGGGAAGACGCCGGUGCACCCGUGGCGGUUGUGCACGGUGCAACAAGUGGAGGAGGUGAAGUGUCUGGCGCGCAUCAUCCCGGUGUGGUCGGCAGGGAUCGUCUACUCUGUGGUGCUCACCCAGUUGGGCACCUACGUCGUGCUCCAGGCGGCGCAGACCGACCGUCGGAUCAGUAAAUCCAGUGGCUUCCAGAUCCCGCAGGGCUCAUUCAUCAUCUUCCAGAUGCUAGCCCUCACACUCUGGAUCCCCAUGUACGACAGGUUCGUGGUGCCGGCACUCCGGCGCUUCACCGGGUGCGAGGGUGGCAUCACCCUGCUCCAGCGAAUCGGCGUCGGGCUGGUGCUCUCCGUGGUCACGAUGCUGGUGUCAGCGGCGGUGGAGCGCCGACGACGAAGGAUCGGCUCAUUGAUGCCGUGGUUUUGGCUGGUGCCACAGCAGUUGCUGGCGGGGCUGUCGGAGGCGUUCGGUGCCAUCGGACAGAUCGAGUUCUACUACCGGCAGUUCCCGGAGAACAUGCGGAGCGUGGCGGGGGCGGUCAGCUUCCUGGGGAUCGCGGUGGCGAGCUACGCGAGCGGUCUGAUGGUGACGGUGGUGCACAGGGCAACGCGACGGCGGGACGGGCGGCCGGACUGGCUGGCUCAAGACUUAGACGAGGGCAGGGUGGACCUAUUCUACCUUGUCAAGGCCGCCCUCGCCGGAGUGAACGUCGUCUACUUCGUGGCAUGCGCGAGGUGGUACAAAUUCAAGAGGUCUGGUGAGGAUGCCCUCGCCAGUGAUGACGUCGACCUCGAUGAAAGCCCCGAGAAGGCUGCGAAUAAUAUGACGCCGGUUUAG